GUGCGCGUGCCUGAGGACAGUAGCGCGCCUCUGUUCACCUUUCACACCCCCCGCCCGAGCCACCGAUACCUCCCGGGGCCGCUCGGGACCACCCCCCCCUCAUCCUCAGGGACCGGGCCGAGGUGGUUCUCUGUGUGUGAGUGAGGCUCCUGUCCCUGCAGCGGGGGCCGGGCUCGCACUGAGCUGCAGCGGUCAGCGCGUUCUUGGGUGUCGCCAAGGCCCAGGCCGCGGUCUGGCGCCGAGGGACCUCUCCGGGGUUAGAGCCCGGAGCCCUGGCCUCCCUUUGUCUCGGAGAUUGCCCGCCGCUGCUGCCGCCAUCAUGUGGAUAUUCUCGGAGUUCAUCCCGCCGCCUGAGUGCCCGGUAUUCGAGCCGAGCCGGGAAGAGUUCCGGGAGCCGCUCGGGUACAUCAACAAGAUCCGACCCAUCGCUCAGAGGAGCGGCAUCUGCAAGAUCCGCCCGCCCAAGGACUGGCAGCCACCAUUUGCCUGUGAGGUGAAGAACUUUCACUUUACACCAAGAAUACAGCGACUCAAUGAGCUUGAGGCACAAACACGAGUCAAGUUGAACUUUCUAGAUCACAUAGCCAAAUUCUGGGAACUUCAGGGAUCUACACUGAAAAUUCCGCAUGUGGAGAGGAAAAUGUUGGAUUUGUACACGCUCAGUAAGGUGGUUGCAAGUGAGGGUGGAUUUGAAGUGCUGUGUAAGGAGAAAAAAUGGGCCAAAGUAGCCAGUCGAAUGAGUUACCCACAAGGAAAGGGCAUUGGCUCGCUGUUACGGUCCCACUACGAGAGAAUACUCUAUCCCUAUGAAUUGUUUCAGUCAGGAGCCAGUCUCUCGACUGCUGAAAACUCUUCUGUGCAGAUCUUUCCUAGCUCAGUGAAAACCUUGAAUCAGAUAUUUUACUCAAUUAUUGGGCUCGUUUUCUUGUCAGAUGAAGAGUUUUCUGUGACUCUGCGAUCAACAGGGCACAAGAAGAAUGCAGAGAUGCAAUUACCUCGUAUGCAAAUGAGACAGCGGAAAGGAGCCCUGGCAGUUAACUUUAUUGACCUGUAUGUCUGCCUUGUGUGUGCACGUGGGGAUGAUGAAGACCGCUUACUGCUCUGUGAUGGAUGUGAUGACAGUUACCACACUUUCUGUCUCAUUCCUCCCCUCAUGGAUGUGCCCAAGGGAGAUUGGAGAUGCCCUAAGUGUGUGGCAGAGGCAUGCAGUAAACCUCCUGAGGCAUUUGGCUUUGAGCAGGCAGUCAGGGAGUACACACUCCAAAGCUUUGGUGAGAUGGCAGAUAAUUUCAAGUCUGACUACUUCAACAUGCCAGUACAUAUGGUCCCAACAGAACUAGUGGAGAAGGAGUUCUGGCGACUUGUGAGCAGCAUUGAGGAGGAUGUUAUUGUGGAGUAUGGUGCUGACAUUACCUCAAAAGAAUUUGGUAGCGGAUUCCCAGUCAAAGAGACCAAAAGAAGGCUAAUGCCUGAAGAGGAGGAAUAUGCCAGUUCCGGUUGGAACUUGAACAACAUGCCAAUUCUGGAGCAGUCAGUAUUGACUCACAUCAACGCAGACAUCUCUGGGAUGAAAAUUCCUUGGCUUUAUGUGGGGAUGUGCUUCUCCUCCUUUUGCUGGCACAUUGAAGACCACUGGAGCUACUCCAUCAACUACCUCCACUGGGGGGAGCCAAAAACAUGGUAUGGGGUGCCAGGUUAUGCUGCUGAACAACUCGAGCAUGUAAUGAGGAAGCUGGCUCCAGAACUGUUCCAUUCUCAGCCAGAUCUGCUGCACCAGUUGGUGACCAUCAUGAAUCCCAAUAUUCUUAUGGAGCACGGAGUCCCGGUGUUCCGAACAGAUCAAUGUGCUGGUGAGUUUGUGGUUACUUUCCCAAGAGCCUAUCAUAGUGGAUUCAACCAGGGCUACAACUUUGCCGAAGCAGUGAAUUUCUGUACUGCAGACUGGCUGCCCAUUGGCCGUCAGUGUGUCGGUCAUUACCGGCGUUUGCACCGAUAUUGUGUUUUCUCACAUGAAGAACUAAUCUGCAAGAUGGCAGCUGAUCCUGAGGGUUUGGAUGUUGAGUUGGCUGCUGCUGUCUCCAAGGAGAUGGUGACCAUGCUUGAGGAGGAGACACAACUGAGAAAGGCAGCCUUCGAAAUGGGUAUUGUUGAUUCUGAACAAGAGGCAUUUGAACUGCUACCAGAUGAUGAACGACAGUGUGAGACGUGCAAAACAACAUGUUUCCUGUCUGCUGUUACGUGUACCUGUGAUCCCAAUCGGCUUGUGUGUCUUUAUCACAUUAAGGAUCUGUGCAAGUGCCCAGUAACGAACCUCUGUCUCAGAUACCGUUACACACUGGAUGAGCUCCCAUCAAUGCUUUAUGGAGUUAAGGAGCGAGCCCAGUCAUAUGACAACUGGGUGAGUAAAGUGAGAGAAGCCUUGGAAGCAGAGCUUAAUCGCAAGAAAGAUCUCUGCCAGCUGAAAAUACUCCUGGAAGAUGCAGAAGAGAAGAAAUUUCCUGAAAAUGAUCUGUUGCGGCAACUGCGAGCAGCUGUGAAAGAGGCAGAGACUUGUGCUUCUAUUGCCCAGCUGCUUGUCAGCAGGAAGCAGCGCAGCAGAAAUAAAUCAGAAGGUGGAAAGACUCGGACAAAGCUGAGCGUCCAUGAGUUGAAAGCAUUUGUGCACCAGCUGUACAGCCUGCCUUGUGUUAUCAGCCAAACUCGAUUGGUUAAGGAGCUGCUGGACAAUGUGGAGGAGUUCCAUGAGCGUUGUAAGGAGGCUUUAUCAGAUGAAAUUCCUAACUCCUCCAAGUUACAACUGCUGCUAGAACUUGGCUCUGGGUUAGAUGUGGAGCUGCAGGAACUACCUAAACUGAAACAGCAUCUCCAACAGGCUCGUUGGCUUGAUGAAGUGAACCUCACCCUCUCAGACCCUGCCAGAGUCACUCUAGAUGCCAUGAAGAAGCUCAUAGACUCUGGGAUUGCCCUGGCACCACAUAGUGCAGUGGAAAAAGCGAUGGCUGAUUUACAGGAACUGUUGACUGUGUCAGAGCGUUGGGAAGAGAAGGCCAAGGCUUGUCUACAAGCCAGGCCAAGGCAUGGUAUGGCAACUCUGGAUGGUAUUGUAAAUGAGGCAAAGAAUAUUCCUGCAUAUCUGCCUAAUGUGUUGGUGCUUAAGGAAGCUUUGCAAAAAGCCAAAGACUGGAUGGCAAAAGUGGAAGCUAUUCAGAAGGGAUCGUACAAUGCGUAUCUGGAUCAGCUGGAAAGCCUACUUGCAAGAGGGCGCCCUAUACCAGUGCGGCUGGAUCCACUUCCCCAAGUGGAAUCCCAAGUAGCAGCUGCUCGAGCAUGGAGAGAACGUACUGCUCGAACGUUCCUCAAGAAGAACUCUACCUACACGUUGUUACAAGUGCUGAGCCCCAGGACAAAUAUUGGUGUUUACUGUAGUGGAAAGAAUAAACGGAAAAAAAUGAAAGAAUUAUUGAUGGAGAAAGAGAGGGACUUCGAUUUGGAGAGCUUGAGCGACUUAGAAGAGGUGGCUGAACAAUCCAGUGACCCAAACACAGUUAUUGCAGGCUUCCGUGCAAUGGAACAAAAGGAGUGUGAGGCAAUGCAUUCUUUGAGAGCAGCAAACCUGGCUAAAAUGGCAAUGGUGGAUCGAAUUGAAGAAAUCAAGUUCUGUGUCUGUCGCAAAAUAGCCAGUGGAUUUAUGCUACAGUGUGAACUUUGUAAAGACUGGUUCCACAGCACCUGCGUUCCUCUGCCCAAAACUGGCACACAGAAAAAAGGACUGGGCUGGCAAACCAAAGAAGUGAAAUUCUUGUGCCCACUGUGUAUGCGCUCUCGAAGGCCACGGCUUGAGACCAUUCUUUCACUGCUCGUUUCUCUUCAGAAGCUUCCAGUGCGUUUACCAGAAGGAGAUGCCUUGCAGUGUCUGACGGAGAGAGCAAUGAGCUGGCAGGAUCGGGCCAGGCAAGCCCUGGCCACAGAUGAGCUGUCUUCUGCACUUGCAAAACUGUCUGUGCUAAGCCAGCGAAUGGUGGAACAGGCAGCGAGGGAGAAAACAGAGAAAAUAAUUAGUGCUGAGUUGCAGAAGGCAGCAGCCAAUCCAGACUUACAGGAGCAUUUGCAGAGUGUCCAACAAUCUGCUUUCAGCAGGAGCAUGGGGAGUUUGGCAAACUCGCCCAGAAAAUCUAUUGAAUUGGAUGAGGAAGAGACCGAUUCGGAUGAUGAUAUCAGAGAUGCAUACCGCUACGAGAGAAAAGAUGGUGCAAGCAGUGUCUCAUCAGGUAGCUUGGAACCAAAUCUAUUCUGUGAUGAAGAGAUUCCAAUCAAAGCAGAGGAAGUGGUGUCACAUGUGUGGCCAGCGACUCCAUCUUUCUGUGCUGAACAUGCUUACUCUUCAGCAUCAAAGUCUUUCUCACAAGGAACUGGAACUCCACGGAAACAACCACGUAAGACGCCAUUGGUGCCACGUAGUUUGGAGCCCCCAGUUCUUGAGCUGUCACACAAUGCAAAAGUUCAGCUGGAAGAGCUGAUGAUGGUGGGAGACCUUUUGGAAGUAACCCUAGAUGAAACGCAGCACAUUUGGAGAAUACUGCAGGCAACACACCUUCCUGCUGAGGAUAGAUUUCUACAUAUAUUGGAGGAUGAUGGCCCAGAGGAGAAAUCCAUCCGAAUUAAAGUCAAAGAUCCUUCUGAUAAAAAGCGAAAGCGAAAACUAGAAAAGGCUGAGUUGUUCUUGGGGGAUGGCAAGAAGUUAAAAGAACUGAGAAAAUUUGACAAGCCCAAAAAGAAAAAGCUGAAAUUGACCCCUGAAAAAAUGAAAGAACAGAGCAAACUAGGGAAGAAAGUGGGAAAAGAAGAAAAGGAGAAAGAGAAGAAGAAAAAAGAGAAAUCCAAAGAGUGUGUGGAGAAACUGUUGGAAAAGAAGAAAGAAAAGAAAGUGAUUUUACCAGCUCGGGAGGAUUGGUCUGCAGCAGAGGACUCUGAGGAUGAAAAUGCUGUUUGUGCUGCAUUGAACUGUCAGCGACCCUGUGGAGAAGAGGUUGAUUGGGUGCAGUGCGAUGGAGGCUGUGAUGAAUGGUUCCACCAGGUCUGCGUGGGUGUCUCUUCUGAGAUGGCAGAGAAUGAGGAUUACAUUUGUACUGCAUGCACCAGGCAAGGAGCCCCUGACACCCGAGCAGCUGGCCAGGGCCCGCCUGGAAUCUACACUGCCACAUCCUUCCUGGAGGACUCGAAGGAUAGCAGCUAGUUUCUUCAUAAUGACUUUUAUGGAAGUACUGUCAAGUUGUUGGCUUCAAACAGGACCCUGGACAUAGCUGAUGAGCACCACAUUCUGCCAUAAAUGCCAUGCACCCACAAUGUUAAGGACCGAUGUGAAGUAUAUGGUUAAAGAUUAGCAUUAUAAGAAAGUGAAGGUAGAGUCAGUUCUAAUCUCCAUUGUCUGUGUAAGAGUGAGCCCCUCCUAUUUGUUGCAGCAGGUGUAGUGGGACAGGAGGCAAUACAACAAGGAUAGUGGCAGGGGAGGGGCAACAGCAGGUACUGGAAACGCAUGGCACACUGCUAGACGUGGAGCUUGGGAGUGGAAAUGGAAAGGGAGCAAGGUGCUUCAGGAGAGAAACUAAGAGGAGGAUACUUAAGUGGGGAGGCAGAAGCAAGUUUCCACAACAAAACUCCCUUGGGGAACAUAUAGCUGUUCAGCUGUUUCGCAAGAGGACAAGAACAUCAUUACUUCUAAAAGUUAAGUAUUUAAUCUUUCACAUCUUUUUGAAAGUAAUUUUAAUGAUUUGGAGCCUGUUUAGUCAGUUUUAAAUUGGACUUUUUGUUUUUUUUUACAUUAGGCAUAUUCUGAUAAGAUUUAAAGAUGGCCUUUAGUUUAAAAAUAUGUGUGAGGAUGGGCAAGGGUUGGCAGUUUUUUUUUAAACCAAGUGUUAAUGUGUUUCCUGAACCGUCUUGGAGAAAACAAGUUGUAAUCUGGCUGACUAUAUACUUUCAAAUGCUGUACAUGUACAAAGCGCUCUCAUUGAGCAACAAUACCUCAGAACAGAGUGCUUAGAUGGAAUUGCAUUUAGCAGAAUACAUGAACCAAUUAUGCCUUGGGACCCAACUAAACAAACGGGAACACAUUCUUCCUAGGUGCCCAGUAAUUUUAUGUAUUUAUGUAGGUUUUGCUGUAAGAUACUAGGUUGUUUAGACUUUUUGGUAAAACAUUUGUUUUAUUUAUCAUUUUCUGUUUUUUUCAUAAACUUGUUUGAGAGGUGGAAUUUUUCAUCUAUGUAUAUGUAUUAGGAUGUAAUGUCUUUUCCUGUGUCCGAGGAGAAAAUUGCUUGUUGCAAGUUACAAACAAUGCAGUCACUCUAACAAAUAGUGCAUUUCCUGUUUUGUUGUGACUUGUAUUUACAUGUGCCGUGAAACGGAGUGCACAUCACAUUUUGAACCAUUCAGCCAGGCAUAUCCAGCGUACACACUGACACUGAGUCUCCUAUUACUCUGUUGGCCUGGAAUUUCAUCUGUCAUUACUUCCUCAUUAAUUCCUAUCCCAGUUUUCUCCAUUGUUCCAUCGUAUUAAUAGUUGUGAUAAUGUACCUUGUCCUUCCAGGUGCUGCACAUUUUCCCAUUUUGCAAUCCUUAUUGAACAUCAGCUCAUUUGACCCCAGCCAGUAGCACUAUAGCUUGUAUGUUUAGCAUGAGGAAUAUACAACAUGGAAUACAAAAACAAAAGUGCGGCAGAUGCUUGAGGUCUGAAAUAAAAAGCAGAAAAUGUUGGAAAUCCUAAGCAGGUUAGGUAGAAACUGUGGCAAGUGCACAGUGCUGGCAUGACCACAUUUAGGAAUACGUAGUGCCAACACUACUGUGCCCAAGGAAAUGCACAGAUCUAAACACUAUUAAACUCUAUCAUGUACAGUGCUGAUUUCAGAGUUUGAUCUGUGAUAAAGCUUCAGUUCAGUCCUUUGGCUUAAACCCCACAGCCGCAUCAACUGUCCUCCAAUCCUCAGGCACCACUCCUGGGGCCAAGGAAAAAUUGAAUUGUUGGUUUGCAUUUUUGGUUUUAUGAUUGUGCCAGUGCUUUCCAUAGCUUUUGUGCAAACCUUUCAUUUUCUGUUGCGAAGUUCAUUUUCUGAAUGUGUUAUGCGUUCUGUUGAUUUUUGUUGAUACUGUUGGUUUUAUGAAUUUUCCAACCAUUUCCAAACUUCUAAUUUUCUUGUAUAAAGUUGAUUUUCUGAGGCAAGGACGCAAAUAUCAGGGGCGCUAGCAAUAAUUUUCAGUUAUCAGUCAAUCACCUGAAGCCUGAAUAGGGCUUAAAUUGGUGUGAUUAUGAUUAAAGUUUAAUCUGUGAGAGUCA